AUGAGCUUUCCAAGUGAUUUAAAACAAUUAUUCAUUAAAUGGUUAGAGGAGGAAAUUGCUAAUUGUGGCCCCCGAAAGGAAAAGGUGGCCAUGGUAUACUUUAGAGCUUGCGAAUCUCUAAGAAAAUAUGAAUCUGCCAUCACCGAAACAAAUCAGCUAUUGAAAGUGAAAGGUAUAGGAAAUGCCAUAAAGAAUAUGCUUUCAAAGCAUUUAGAUGAAUAUUAUAUGAGGGAAAAUAUUCCCAAACCAUCCAACCAUAUUGAAUCAGAAGACGGCCCACGUUCGAGGAUUCGUGUAAGGGCUACAAACGAUGAAAGCGGGAAUGAGGAUGGUUCACCAAAGAAGAAGAAAAGGAGCUAUGUACCACGUAAAAGAUCUGGUGCGUAUGCGAUUUUGUUAGCUAUGUUACAACUUGGGAGUCCUUCAUCUGGUUUAACGAAAGAAGAGAUUGUGGAGGUGGCCGCUAAAUAUUGUGAUGCAAGUUUUAUAUCAAAUCCACUUACUAGGGAGUAUCAUAGCGCAUGGAAUUCUAUUAAAAUCUUGAUAGAACGUAACCUGGUUUUAGAACAAGGCAGACCACGCAGAUAUGUGAUAACAGGGCUCGGUCAAAGAAUGGCGGAGACCUUGAAGGAGGCGACGAACGUUACUUUCCCAGAAGACUCUUCAUAUUACAAGAAGAAAGUGAAUGAGAAUUCUUUAGUAGACGAAAAAAGUGAAAAUACAGUUAAUUUGAGCGAAUUAAUUAGAACUCGGCGUGUCAGUGUAGCAGAACUAGAUACCACACAAUCAUUUAUUGAUAAAUCUAGCAUUAUUUCAAAUACUUCAGCGGUGGUGAGAAGGAUGCACACGAUUGCCUAUUCCUCGCCUAAAAAUGUGAAUCCACGUAGUUCUAGCCCGUUGAAAGGCUAUAAAGAUGGCAUUAUAAAAGCGCGAUGGGGUGGUGUCUCUUAUGAACUGUGGGAGUGCGGACAAUAUGAUGUUAAAUUAUAUAUUGAUCAUAGAGAAGUGAGGUCCAAAAGCGACCGAGAUUUCUUUGUAAAUGCCCUUGCUACUCGUGGAAUAGCAGCAGAAGGUAAGGUACUGGCAUUGGGUGAUAUUAUAUGGGUUGCAAAGCAUAAGGCAAGUGGUAAGGAGUGUGUAUUGAAUUUUUUGUUAGAGCGGAAGAGACUUGAUGACCUUUCAAUGAGCAUUAAGGAUAAUAGAUUCAUGGAACAAAAAAAUAGGUUAAAAAAGACUAAAUGUAAGCAUAUAUUUUAUCUUAUCGAAGAGACCAGUGCUUCUGAACUGUCUGGGAUGGAAGACGCAUUGAAAACAUCAAUUUGGAUGACCGCAGUAUACAAUAACUUUCACAUAAAACGCACCAAAAAUGCAGAUGAAACUGUAGAAUGGCUACACAAUAUGACUCAUUCAAUUAUACGGUACUAUAAAAAGAAGACGUUGCUGUUAAUACGCCCCAAAGAUGUCUCUAACCAAGAUGAUUAUGGGCUUCUUCUAAGCCGCUUCCGAGGUCAGUUUGAGAGAAACGGGAGUAGAAUAGAGUGCUGUCAUGGGUACAAUUGUUUCCAGGAAGUUUUAGGAAAAACUAAUAUGAUGACUGUCAAGGAAUUAUACCUUAGAACGUUGAUGUUGACAAGAGGCGUAUCGUUAGAAAAGGCAAUAGCGAUUCAAUCGAAAUUCCCAACACUUAAAGCUCUGCUGCUGGCGUAUCUAAAAUGCUCAUCCGAAGAAGAAGGCAGAGAAAUGGUUUACAAUGAAUUAAUAGAUCAACCGGCGAGCCGGAAAAUUGGCAAAGCCCUUUCAGAUACUCUGUGGAACACUUUUGGUAAGAAAUAA